UUUAGAUAUCAUAUUUUUGGUAUAAAUAUAUUCUCUUGUAAAACUCGAAAAAUCUUUUGGAAUAAAGGUUUAAAGCCCAGAAUAUAGACACUAGGAAGGAUGGGUUCAGUUCCAGGUCGAAAGGCACAAAUUGCAUCUGGAUCGGCGCCUGAACCAACGUACUGCCAGCCAUGCGCGGCGGACGGCAAGAAGGUUUUCUCCAAGGCCUUCUGUCCUGUCUGCAAGGAGUUCCUGUGUUCUUCAUGUGCACGAGUACACAGAAACAUGAAACUGACUAAGAACCACGUCCUCCAAGACAGGAGCAAUAUGCCUUCCACGUUCAGCGCGGAUGAUGAGGCUGAGAUGUUUACAGAAACAUGUCAGCGCCAUGCUAUCGAGUUUAUAAAAUACUACUGCCCGCGUCAUGAUUCACUUUUGUGUGGAGACUGUUUACUUGAGGAUGAGGAACAUCGCAAUUGUAAGGUAGAGAGAAUUUGGCAUGUGGCAAAAGGAUACAAGCAGGUUGCAGAAUACAAUAGCCUUAUAACAGGACUUGUCCAGACGGCAACUAACAUUGGCGAACUUUCACACGACAUACAGGCGAUCAUGAAAUCAGUUGACGAAGAAAGCCUUACCAAUAUCAAUGAGCUUCGCAAAUUCAGGAAUGAAAUUAACCAGUACCUGGAUAAAAGGGAAAACGAACUCUUGGCGGAAAUUGAACAGAAGAAACGAACAUCCAAGACACUGCUAAAUGAACUUAAAUCAAAAUGCACUAACAUGAACUCAUCCAUUGAGAAAAUACAGUCUGAGCUACAAGCACAGGACGACAACAGCAACACUCUAUUAAUAGUAGGAAAGCGAGCUAUAAAAGAGCUGGCAGGUCUCCAGGCAGCCCUGGGAGAGGUGAGCAGGAGGAGUGAAGUUCCCCGAUACAAGUUGCACAGGGACCCCGAAACUGAGCAGUUAAUAGCUUCUGAAAAAGCAAUAGGAGGGCUGGAAAUUGGCGAAUUAAAUUCGGCUUUAGUGCAACAACAACGACAACAGCAGAGGACACAGGAACAACGGCAACAGGAGACGACGCAACAACACCAUAAACAAAUCAAAGCUUUUUCACAAAAAGAUGAAUCAGCAUCGGCGUUAGGGCAUCAAGAACGACUACAACAGAAGAGGCAGCAACCACGGCAACUCGGAACGAUUCAGCAACAACACGAACACAUACAAAAUGAAUCACCAAAAGGCAGUUCAAACUUAAGCCAGUUCAAGUUCAUCAGACAGCCUGACAUUUCAGUGAAGACAUCAGAUGACAUCCGCGACUGCUACUUGACCAGUGUUGCCCUCCUGACCGGGGACAGGCUCAUACUGGCAGAUUGCGAUAAUUACUCAUUGAAGCUGGUAGAUACCGAUAAUAACAAGCUGGUGUCUCAGGUGAAACUGCCAGCUUUCCCGAUGGACCUGUGUCUCCUGCCCGGGGACAGGGCAGCCGUCACUCUGCCUAUGGAGGAGAAGAUACAGUUCGUAUCUACUCAGGGGAAUUUCUCACUACAGGAUGUUGUUAAAGUAGAUGGAUACUGUCAUGGAAUAGAUUUCUGUGAUAACAACUUAAUAGUGUCCUUUACCAACCCAGGCAAGGUUGUAUUGAUGGACAUGAAGGGAAAAGUGAAGAAGAGUGUGGAUAAAGACAGCAGUCAAAAACUUUUGUUUCAUUCUCCCUGGAAUUUGACAGUGACCAGAGACAGCCGGACUUCGGCCAUCUAUAUAUCAGACUGGUACACCAACUCCUUUACCAAGCUGAGCAUCUCACUAGAGGUGCUCCAGUCCUUUCAGGACCCGAACCUGGUUUCAUUACAUGGUCUGACAGCCAUUGGGGACAACCAGCUGCUCGUGUGUGGGAGGGACAGUGACAACAUCCUGUUGCUGGACACGCUCACCGGCAAUGUAACCCAACUGCUGGGGAAGGAGGAGGGGAUAGAGGGACCACUCAGUGUGGCUUACUGUCCACGUAAGAAGAUGAUGUUUGUCACCUGCAGGCCUGAUAAAAGACCUGAAUUCAAGAAUUUCGUCAAAGUAUUCAACUUAGUAUAGGUAAUUAUCAAGCCUGCCAAAUAAUAUGAGUGAAAUAUAUAUCCGGUGUGAAGUAUUUGUAAAUAUUAAGAACAUUUA